AUGAGCGACUCGGGAUAUGUCAUUCUCGAAGGCCUGCCGACACCCCAGGUAUAUCACGACAUACGAAAACUCGCAGGUCUCACGCCUCCCCCACUCGAACCCAUUGCAAAGUCCCUCGCCAACUCGUUUGCUUGCUUCCUAGCCUACGAACGCAAACAUAUGCUUAACGACACAACCCCGGGACCGGAGCAAACGGCGGUCGCGAUGGGGCGUCUAUUGGGCGAUGGAGCGUUAUUUCUUCAGGUCUGCGAUGUCGCUGUGCUCCCACAACACCAGCGUAAGGGACUAGGGGGGCGCAUCAUGCAGACGCUGAUGGAUUAUGUCGACGAGAACGCACCGCUUGCGUAUGUGAGCUUGGUCGCGGACCCAGCAGGGCAGAAACUAUAUCCAAAAUUUGGGUUUAAGGAUGUGAAGCCGAGUGUUGGCAUGUUCAAGAUGAGGGGCAAAAGGAUCCAAGAUGAGGCAGUCGAGGAAGACGUAGGAGAGGUGUAG